GAGAAUAUGCUCAUCGUCCAAUAGCAAUCUAAUUAAACUAAUCGGACAUGAAGAUGCCACAUAGCUAGCAGGAUCUCCAAUGAUUGUAUAGUGCAUAAUGUCUCAUUCCUCUAAAAUAAAGCCUAAUCAGCCAUUGGGAACUAAUCACCCUCUAAAUAUGGAGCAAGUGUUAUGCAUAUAACUUGAAUUACCUAAAAAAAUAUAAAAUGUAGCUAGCUAGAAACAAUUGAAAGAAAAAAAAAUGACUUUAGCUGUUAUCAACGGACCGACUGUGGUCGAAUUCGUCGAGGAUUCGAAUACAUUCGAAAUUUGUGUUAAAGAAUGCUUUGGAAUGCUUGAUGUUAAUGGCGAUGGAGUGAUCUCAAAGGAUGAGCUCUGUGAUGGGUUCUAUAAGUUGAUGUCGUUAGAAUGUGGGUUGCAUCCAAAACAAGAGAUCAACAAUCUUUACGAUGCCAUUUUCGAAAGAUUUGAUGAGGAUAAAAAUGGCAGCAUCAAUAAACAGCAAUUUAGAUCCUUGAUGAGGGAACUUAUGUUUGCCAUGGCUCGUGGGAUCGGUAAUUCUCCAAUCCUAAUGGCUCUUGAUACAGAAAGCAUGAUGAUGAAGGCUGUUGAGCAUGAACAUAGCAAGAACUGAAUGCAAAAUCUAGCGAAAAACAUGCAUGAAAGUUGCUGUUUUUUCAUACGAAAUUUUACAGUCUUAGCAAAAUUGACAAGAAUCCAUGAUUCUUCGACAUUUCUUUUUUUCUUUUCUUUUUGAUACAAAUCGAAUCUUGAUUUGUUUUGAUACAAAUUGAGUCUUGAUCUUGUUCAUUUCUUUUGUUAUGUUAGUGGAAAUCUUAAUCUCGAUUUUGUCAGUUCCAUGUCUUUCUUGAUCCAUAUGUUAGAUUAAACUAUCUCAUUCUCUAUUGAGCUCUGUUCUGAAUAUUGACUUUUUUUUUUUUUUUU